UCAUAUCCUCCAAAUAUAACCACGUUUGAACAUGGCUAAUCCAGCAACAAUAAUCGCCGCAGUUCAGAAGGCUGGAUCUGGUGGCCGAGCUCUUUCCGCAGCUGGCGUCGAGCUCUCCAGAUCUGGAUCCCCAAGCCACACACUCCCCGCCUACGGCGGCUGCGGUCACCGCCGGUGUGCAGCGCAGAGUCUGCUUCGCCAUCAAUGCGAAUCUUCUGCAAGGCACGCCACCUCCGCCCAUUCAAGGAGCUCACCGCCCAUGCCUCAAGUCCGCGUCUGCGACCUCAUUCAAGGCAAAGGCUCGAUGGGACUCGACGAGCUCUCCCUCGAGCCCAGCGCCGGCUGCUCGGGAAUCAAGACACUCUGCCCCCGCCGCGGAUGCUCAGGAACAUCAAUGGCAUUUGGUGCGGCCGGCUCACUGGUAGCGUAAAGAGCGACCUAACCACCCUCAUUCAAGGCGUCGGGUCGGGUAGCGUAAAGAGCCAUGCCGCGUUGGCGACCCUUCGCUGCGCCCUGAGGAGGGGACAGUCGUCAUCGUCUCCACGCCGGAGAUGGAGGCCAACACCGCCAGCCUUGCUUCCCUGGGUGCCUUCCUCUUCCUGUGGCUUACUCACUCUGCUACCAAUGCCUCUCCAGAGUCUGCAACUCCCAUCUUCAUCCCGUACAUGCCGGCGCUGCUCCCGUCACCACGUUCGACGCCGCCCAGACCUCCAGCAGCUCGACGGAAGACGCUGGCCGGGGUGACCGGCUUCCAGUUGCCACGACAGAGCCCUCGUCUCCGAGCAAAGAAGAGGAAGAUGCCCAUAGCAAAGCUUGCUGAACAGCUACUUUGUCGCCGCAUGAACAUUGUGGCUGAGGGCGAGCAGGUUACAGAAGCGGCGAUUGCAAAAUUCGCCCAGAUGUUGGCCAGCUGCCAGAUAUUGCCAUUGCGGCCCUCCGCGCGCUCUUCCAGCUGGACUGUGACCUUUCUUCAGCAGUGGAGGAGGCCCUGGUGCAGCAUGGUGGAGAAGGAGGUCCAGAGCUGGACGAGGCUGCCUCCACGGGCGUCUGAUCCUACAGCUUACUCACUGUUGUAGUUCAGUUCCUGAUGAUAGUACACCAAAUCCUUGUUAGUUGUACGCCUGUUUGUAGCUGCUUCCCCUGGUCCUGGCGAGACCUAUGAUUAUGUGGAUGCUGUUCUGUUUGCUUCCCAUUUGUAAUCCUGAUGUAUCUUUGGUGAACCAAUGUUAGAACAAAACAUCUCUAUUCUGUGCUGGAA